CGUUUCGAGUGUAAAACAGCCAAAUAAUUCGAGAAAAUGAAGAAGCAAAUUUUCCCGGUCUGUGAGGGUGCGCCAUCUUGCGAACAAUGGCUGAUCCAAAAUUAAAAGGCUCUUUCCAUGAAUCGCCAAUAACUCGUGAACGUGGUAGGCCUGGCGGGGCUCUCCACAAAGAAGAAAAAAAAGUUUCAUCCAAUGUACAUCGAGACCCGCUCCCAACCGUUUUAUCCGUGUCGGCCAAAGUGGCCAAGUUGGUGUAGCCCGUGGGUGAAGCCAAAGUGUUUCUCUCUUGUGGUCGUGGGCCACGGGGUGGUGCCCAAAAAGACUCCAGUGAAUCAGUGCCACAAUGCCGUAAAUUCAACAGAUAUAUUCUAACAAAUUGUGAAAAUUAAUCGUGUGGGGAAUCGGCAUUAAAUAAUUUUUGGUGAAUUAAUGAAGUAGUGCAACACAAAAACAUCUCUAUCUUUUUGGCCCCCUCCUUCUCGCCCCACAGCCCCGUCAGUUGUCGUUCAAGUUGGCUACCGUUUGGUGUCGCAAGGAUAACCGAGGGAAGGUGGACGAGAUAGUUUUUUUUUAUACUGCCAAACUGGCAAUGUGAGAAUAAUACAAUUGUUUCCAUCACUUUAUUAAUCCCUGGAGUUCAAUGCACCGUAGAAACGAGUUUUAUCCCGUUGAUUCCUGCAUCGUUGGAUGAAUCUCCAGGCGUUUUUGAGUUUUUUUUUAUAAUCUGGAGAUAUUGUCGACGUCUGUACGCAGUUGCAGAGGGCAAAUAAGUGGUAAAAGUGUUGGAGUUGAAGUGCAAAAGGAGAUACUGUUGUGGGAGAUACCCGGAGUCGAGGGAUUGUGAGAAAAUAAAAGUGAUUUACAACAACUGGCGAUGAUCCAUAAUAGUUGUAUGGGGGUACACCCUGCCCGACGACGGGUCCACAGUUGGGGAUGCUCUGGACAGUGACUGAGGUUCGUGUUUUCUCCUUCAUUGAGCUUCUCGACCGGCCGGGUUGUACAUAAAAACCGGUUGUACAUUUAUUUUUUUAAUUCGUAUCAAUUUUUGUUUCUCGAUUUGUCAAUCUCCAGCUUCAUUUCUCGUCUGUUUUUUUAUCCUCUCUAUUUUCAAUAAUUCAUUUCUGUUCUCCCUGGGGCAACUGUUAUGAGGGCGAGCGCCCCAUUCUAACACAAAGUUUGAGUUGGUAACCAUUGAUAAAUUAUCAGUUUUUAUCAUUACUGGGGUAAAACGUGGAAUUGUUGGAGCUGUAGGAGUUGAAGUGUUUAUUUCGGUUUUUUCGUGCCUUGUGAAUGUGAGGGGGGAAGUAUGAACCAGUGGCAAUAAGGGAAUUUGUCAAACUUGUGCCUAUUUGUUUGUAAAUUGUGGAGUGGUGUGAGAGGCAUCGGGGAAAUUUUACUCUGGGGAAUUCGGAACAGGGCAGACAGGUGAUUGCUCCAGUGAGUUUUCACCCUUUGACCCUGAAACAACAAUUGCCACAACAUGGAAAUCACAUACCCAACAAGCAGCAGCUACUGCCAGUACUGACAGACUGCGAUAUUAGUAAAAAUAGUGAGGGAAUUGUAGGGUGGUAAUUGAGUUGUGUUGGUUCUGGUUCUUCGCUAACAAGGUGGAACCAGACUAGUGCAUAACUUUCACCAGAAAAGAUGCAGAAACGCGACGGUAGGGAGACAAGAGGUGACAAGGAUAUGACCAGGGGUGCUGAGAGAGAGCGUGAACAGGAAGCUGCCAAAAGAGCAUCGAGAGGAAGUGGUAAUGCAACUAGAUCCAACAUGCAUACGUCCAGGCACAGUGUCACAUCGACAUCAGGAAUUCUCAUGGUUGGACCCAACUUCCGAGUUGGAAAGAAAAUUGGCUGUGGUAACUUCGGGGAACUUCGACUCGGGAAGAAUCUCUACAAUAAUGAGCACGUGGCAAUUAAAAUGGAACCAAUGAAGUCAAAGGCGCCACAGCUCCACUUAGAGUAUAGGUUUUAUAAAUUAUUAGGUACACAUGUCCAUAACACGCAUAUAGAAGGCGUACCGGAGGUGUACUACUUUGGCCCAUGCGGAAAGUAUAAUGCCCUGGUAAUGGAGCUCCUUGGACCGAGUCUUGAAGAUCUAUUUGACCUCUGUGGGAGAAAAUUCACGCUUAAAACUGUUCUCAACAUAGCCACCCAACUCCUCCAUAGGAUAGAAUAUGUACACAGUCGACAUCUGAUUUAUCGUGAUAUCAAGCCAGAAAAUUUCCUCAUUGGACGUAAUACGACUAAGAGAGAGAAGAUCAUUCAUAUCAUCGAUUUCGGUUUGGCCAAAGAAUACAUAGACUUGGAAACUAAUAAACAUAUACCGUACCGGGAACACAAAAGUCUCACUGGAACGGCACGUUAUAUGAGUAUUAAUACUCAUCUGGGAAAAGAACAAAGCAGAAGAGACGAUCUUGAAGCACUUGGACACAUGUUCAUGUACUUUCUACGAGGUAGCUUACCUUGGCAGGGUCUCAAAGCAGAUACGCUAAAAGAACGUUACCAGAAGAUUGGAGAUACAAAGCGUGCAACAUCAAUCGAGAUACUAUGCGACGGUCAUCCCGAGGAGAUGGCCACUUACUUACGUUACGUCAGAAGAUUGGAUUUCUUUGAGACACCCGACUACGAGUACCUGAGAAAACUCUUCCAGGAUCUUUACGAGAGAAGGGGUUUCGUCAAUGACGGCGAGUUCGAUUGGACGGGCAAAACAAUGUCGACUCCCGUUGGAUCCAUGCAGACAGGACACGAGAUCGUUAUGUCGCCGAAUCGAGAUCGGCAUCCUGGCACAUAUAAGGAAGUGGCAGGUGGAGGGGUGGGAGGCGGGGGCGGUAAGGGGGUGGGUGCCAGUUGGCCGGAGACGGUGAAGCAAUCGGGUGCUGGUGGUACUUUGACGCCUGCCGACAGACACGGCUCCGUACAGGUGGUGUCCUCGACGAACGGAGAAUUGGCAAACGACGAUCCAACCGCAGGGCACUCAAACACACCGAUAACCGCUCCUCAAGAAGUCGAGAUGAUCGAUGAAACCAAUGUUUGCUUCAUUUCCAGAUGCUGCUGCUUUUUUAAACGAAAGAAGAAAAAAAGUGGAAGACAGAAAUGACUGUCUUUUACUGUUGGUCUUGGCGAUACAGUACAGUGUCCGGGUAAUAGUGCUGGUGGAAAUGGAGGUAGAAAUGUUGGAGUUGUUAGGCAUGGUAAACGAGACAAUGGAGAUGUCGAGGGUACUGGUGAUCGGGAAAGGGAGGCGAUUAAAUUACUGGGUGACUUCAGUCGAUCAGCGUCCAGGGAUUCCGUACUUCAGACAACAGUUACAGCAACACCAACUACAACAUCACCACCGUUGUCCAAUUGAUGUAAUCCAAGUGUUUUGUUUUUUAAAUCACUAUUAACAACUAAAGAAAUCGGAGAAAGAAAAAUAUGCGUAACGAGUAACUGCAGCACCAACCACACCCAUUAAUCCUAUCACUACAGCUGUUAUAUUACUGGUAUCAUUAUUGAUUAUCAUUAUUAUUAGGUCAUUAUCAUCGGAGUCUGUCAAUGUCGUGUGCACGCAUCGUGCAACAACAUUGCGUUGACCGAGAGAGUGAAAGAGUGAACUAUAUUUUAUGGUGAAAAGAGUUAAUAGGUUGAACGCCAGAAUGACGUGAAUACUUUAUUGGACACAAUUGAAGUUGUUUCAAAAUCUUCAACUCUCGCAUUUUUCAGUUGCUCUUGUUUUCGUAAUGUGGACAAUAAAAGGUCACAGCUAUGCGAUUUUUUAUUUCGGUUUGAGGAGCUUAUUUCAGUAGGAAAGUGGUGAAAUCAUCCAUUCGACGUAGCUCAUAAGAGAGCUUUUGCAGAAUAUGUCUGAAUGUGAGGGGAAUAGUAAAAGUUUCUUUACAAUCUUUUGUCUGAAAUGUAAAAAAGGUUGAAAUAAAAUUUUUGCUGUCUACCGUAGAUUUAGAGAUAUUCAUUGAAAAGUUGAACCGUUUUACUACUGAUUUCGUAAGAUCGCUUUGUUAAUUGUCAAUGAUCCACUUUGAUAACAUUUUCGUACCGAAAUUUCUCAAUUUUGGAUAUAUCGACGUUUUCACGAGUUCAUUAAUUAUUGUAUAUAUGUGUUUGGCACUGAAGGAAAUAUCUAAGCUUACUGCGCCUCGAUAUGCAAUCGAGAAUACCUGAAGCAAGCACUAGUUGACAAUAUACUUGCUAGGUAAAAUCAGAUGAGAAUAAAGCACUAAUGAAAUUUUUAGCUCAGCGAUCUUAUUAACGAAGAACUUAUUAGAAUUGUAAUAUCCGCCGUGGGUGCCCUAUCCAAUUGUACACAGCAAUCGCAUUGACCUAAAGACAACCUAUGACAGAACGUUUUUAUGUACUUAUAGUUGCUAUUCCGAAAUAACUUGAGUGAAUAAAUGAUGCUAAAAAAUAAUGUAUUUUUUCGUGUUUUUAUGCUUGAUGCAGAGAUCUGUCGUGGGAUGUCUUAUUAUUAUUGUACAGCAAUUAACAGCUGGUUUUUAUGCAAAAUUCAGAGGUACAGUUGAUGAUUAAAUUUAAUAUCAAUUAACUAUCUUACUAUCCGCCUCCUAGGAUCCAAUGAUGCCAAUGUGUCGUUACUUUUUAUUCUGGAAAUCGAUGAAUUAUACAUAUAGCUAUUAACAAUCACCUGGAUUUAGUCUUGAGUCGUUUGUUUUCACGGUUUUAUCGAGUGAAAUUUUUCAUUACUGCAAAUCACUCUAGUUUAAUAUUUAGGAAUGAUAUACAAUAAUGCGUUUAUUUUUUUGGCAAAGCAUUUCUUUGUGAUGAACAAUCAUUUCACUCGUAGUAUCGUGAAAAUGAGCAUAAAUUAUUCCUAUUCUCUGGAAAAAUCAAUCGAGCGAAAGACUCGACACUAGUGUGUGUACAGUGAAUGUGACAGAUGAAAUGUUGAGUUUUUAUGUGAUUAUGUGAAAAACAUAAAUUGAUUCUUCCUGAUGAGAGCAAGUGAGAUGAGAACAAAUUGAAGAAAAUCAAUAUCGUCCACGAAUGAUCUCUGAUCGGGGUACAGGUGUUUCCACCUAAAAUUUUGACCCAUUUUACAUAAGCGCUCGUGCUGGGCGGUAAACAUUGCGCAAUUGCCAAUUAUCAGUAAACUAAUCGCUGGUAUUUUCGUUCGCGUAAUUGAUACCAUUCGGCGGAGGAAAAUCAUGAAACUACAGGCAACUUAUAGUUUGUUUAUCUAGAUAAGGUAUUGAUCAAUUAUUUUCAAUUGUUUUUGAACAUUGAAACACGACUGACUGCUGGCUAGGUGCGGUUGUGAUUUUUCAUUAUUAUUUGGGUCGUAUUUUCCUAUUCUAGGUUCUGAGGAAAUUCUUCCUUAUCAGUUUGUGCGGAGGUAUUUUUUAAGGGGUCAAAUAUUUGUAGUCAUUCGAGAGACGGGGGAAUUGGUCCGGAGAUAGAUUAUUACAGCAUUUGAUUGCAGAAGAACGCACUGAAUUUUUUAAAUCGCUGGCGACUUCAUCUAUUGUGCUAAUGGAUUGAUAAUUUCCGUGUUAAUGUAUUAGGACAAAAAAAAUUACAGUUUGGUAAACAUUUGUAGUUUUCAAGUUUUUCAAUUGUUUUUCUAAAAUUCUAAAAACCCACAGAGUCGAGAUUUAAAAAAAUCCUACGCUAUAUUUAUGCAUAUUCUUGCAUUGAAGCAAUCAUAAUCUAUUUCUUUCUCUUUUUUUGAUAUUGAAAUCGAAGUAGCAAUCUCAUCGAUACCACCAAUAAAGCCCCUCAAGGUUUCUAAAUUUCAGUGCAGUCUCAGUUGUUCUAUAAUCGUUUCAAAAUUAUUUCCUCCUCGUUCACUCAAUGAGAAGGGGUUCUAAAUUUUUCAAAACGAUAACAAGUCUUAUGUUUUUGGGCGCAUCCUACCUUACGAAAUAAUAAACCCAUGUACAUGCCUUUCUAAUGCAUCAUCCCAUUGUGCACUUUUUCUCAGUGCAGAUGUUUAUCAUUAAAUCGGUUGAUUCGAUUUUUCAAUGACAAAAUAAACAUACCGAUACGAGAAUUGAAACAUGAGAAGACCAAGCAAUGGAACUUGAGCUUGUUUUUAAUUGUACCGAAAAUAUUUCUAUGAUUUUUUUACCUAAUCGAUAUUACGGAGGUGAUACAAUUAUUACGGAGGGAUACUGUUUCACCUAUUAUCCCAUUUGGUAUUGUAAUUAUCAGUCAAUUUUACACGUAAAGAACAACCGCGAAACCAAACCAUUAUCACUGCUGAAGGAAUACGAGGGAGUUGUUGAAGGAAAAAGUCUUUGUGAUCAUUACAGGAGUGAAAAAUAGGAAUAUUUGUUUUAAUCAUGUAUUAAUUGUACAUAAUCUACAUUUUCGAAAAGUGAAUGCCGAAGGAAGGGAAAAUCAAUGGGCCAAAGUGACUACAGAAGUUUAAAAGUCGAAAACAAAGUGUUGACUAAGGAUUGAUGACUCAUAAAUUGAAUAAUAAACAUUGUAAUAAAGAUAUUCCUUAAAAAAGACGUAAUGAAAACUUAUCAAUGCCAAAUGAGUCCCCGAGCCUUCGUUGGUAAAUUCACUCUCGCUUAACUGGAAUUAAUUCGAGCCAAUCUCAUAAUUAGCUCCGAUCUUCUCAUCAAACAAAUAAUAACGUUAAAAAAAGGCGUAAAGAAAAAUCACGAACUCAAUGAGUUUUAUUUCUAAAUUUUAAGAGCAAAAAAUAUUGAAAUGUUAUCAUGGAAAAAAUUUGCAUCUGUACAUUUGUAGAACUACUAGAUGAUGUAGAAUUGUUCGCAGCUUAGAGUGAUACAAAAUUAGAAUUUCAACCGGGCCAAAUGGCUCGAGAUUAGUUGAAAACAACGUUGUGAUUAUUCAAUCCGAUACACAAGAGAAUUAAUCUUGUGAUGACAGAAAAAUAUUUGAGUUAUUUCUGUUUCACCGAUAAGUUUUAUACUCGCAAAGAAGAGAGAAAAGAUACAAAACACCUGUACUGCCCGCAUAAUUAGUUUAGUUGACUGUUUAAAAAAAAAACAAAAAAAGCAACCAGAUCGAGCACUGAAAGUACGCCUUGUCCUCUUCCCAGCCCGAUCUCAAACCCAUUUUAAGAUUGCACUAAGGAAUUCACAACUAGUGACAUUUAUAUUACAGAAACGAUAAAAAAAAAUGAUACGUAAGAAAUCGAUUAAUUUAAUGUUAUUCAAUUCAAUGUACAUAAAGUGUUUUAAUGAAUAAUUAUCGCUACUCAGUGAUCUACGAAUGUGGGCUAGAGGUGAUGAGAAAUAUUUAGUGAAUGUAGAUUAAGGAUUAAUAAAUGGAGAAUCAUUUUUUUUUCUCGAGUGAUUGAGAGUGGUCUGCAUAAUCUGCACGAAAGAAAUGUAAGACUGCUUUUAAAACACACCGGACCAUCCCGAAAAAUCAAGUACUGUUAGUCCAUACAUUUUACAUAAUCUAGUGUUACUUCAUUAUUUGUGAUUCGUAUCAAAUUCGUUUAUCAUGUAUGCUAAAAUCAAUUAAUUUUGACACAUCCCUCCCAAUGGCGUGCGUCUAUUCAUUUCAUUUUACCCAGGGCUGCGCUUAAGUUUACAAUAUCAAUAAUUUAAGCUGUGAUUCAUUAUUAUUUCCUAUUAUCAUUAAAUCGUAUUUUCAUUAAGUAAUAGACUAUUGAAACGAUUUCAUUACUAUCUUUUCAUAUAAUACCGGUAUUCAUUUACAAAUGAAAAUACAUUAUGAAUAAAUAAAUGAUCGCGUGAAUGUUUAAAUUGUAAAUAUGAAAACAACACAUUGUGUCACGUGCUUAUAUCAAGUAAUGAAUAAGAAAAAAAUAUCGUUAUGAA